AUGGAUAUUGAUUCAAUGAAUAAUUCAUUCAAUGUGAGUGAGGAAGUUGAAGAACAAGAUAACAAUGUUGAAUUUAAUGAGAGUGGUGAAGUUGAAGAAUCGAAGAAGGGGAUAUGUUUUAUCUCCAAGCAAGAAGUACACACAUUUUAUGCAAAAUAUGCGAAACAACUUGGAUUUGCUAUAUCUUAUAGAACACAAAAUGUAACGAGGGAUGGGGAAGUAAAGUACUUUGGAAUUGAAUGUACUCGGGCGCGGAAUAUAACAAAAAAAUCAGAAGUAAAUCCCCUCGAACCAUCUUUGUCAUCAAAAAUAGAUUGUAAAGCAAGGGUUAGAGCCACUCUACAAAAAGAUGGAAGAUAUAAGUUAACCACGAUUGUGCUUGAGCACACUCAUGAUUUUAUUCCGAGUGACUCACGGCAUUUUCCAAUGAAUAAGAGGACUCUUACUCCGGUGAAGAGGAGACUAGAAGUUAACGAUGCAGCAGGGAUUGGGGUGGCUAGGAAUUUUCAUUCCAUAGUUGUUGAAGCGGGGGGACAUGAGGCAUUAACGUUUGAUGAACAAGAUGCAAGGAAUUAUAUUCAAAAUGCUAGAAGAUUGAAACUUGGGGUAGGCGACACCGAAUCAGUUACAUUUUAUUUUCAUAAAAUGCAACAACAAAAUUCGAACUUCUAUUCGGCAAUUGACCUUGAUGAAGAUGGAGUUAAUCACCACGGUCAGUCAAUUUUGUUUGGUUGUGGGUUGUUAAGUAAUGAGAACACGAAGACAUUUGUUUGGCUUUUCAAAGAAUGGUUAAGUUGUAUGUCAGAUGCGCCUCCAAAAGCGAUAAUAACUGACCAGUGCAGAGCUAUGCAAAAUGCCAUAGAAAUUGUCUUCCCACAGGCUCGGCAUCGUUGGUGUUUAUGGCAUAUUAUGAAGAAAAUUCCGGAGAAAUUACGAGGAUAUUCGCAAUAUGAGUCCAUCAAGGUUGCUUUGAGUAAUGCAGUUUAUGAUUCAUUCACAAAAGAUGAAUUUCAGGAAUAUUGGGAAGCAAUGAUUGAAAAUUUCAAUUUGAAUGAUAACGAGUGGUUGAGGGUGUUAUACCAUGAGCGACAUAGGUGGAUUCCUGCCUAUGUUAAAGACAUAUUUUGGGCUGGCAUGUCAACUACACAACGAAGUGAGAGUAUGAAUGCAUUCUUUGAUGGAUAUGUGAACUCCAGUUGGAUGAGAUCCUAG